AUGGAGCAGGAUAUGAAAAGUACGGUGAGGUUAGUCGAGGUCACGGCGAUUCCACAGAGGCUGAGCAGCCACUUGGGGUUGAAAGGCGACCCCAACGGUGCAGUCAUGCGUGGAUACACCAAUGACUGGUGCGGACGAAGCGUAGAGGGCCGCUUGGUGGACGUCCAUCGAUUGCUGGUCUCAGGAAGUGCGGUUGCGAAGAAGAAUGUGGUGAUCCUGGAUGGCAACGAAGGUUGGAUCAUCCCCCGGGACAGCAAGAUCGGCAAGGGGGUCCGCGCAGCUCGCGACAACCUUCUCAACCAGAACUACACGGAGGCGAAGAUGGUCACGAAGAUGCACAAGAAGAAAGGCAUCUCCCUCUUCGACCUGUGGAUGGACAAGCGCACCAAGAUGAAUGGCGUGGAUGCCAAGGCGGCAGGCUCAGAAACAGCCGUAAGUCCGGAAGGUGAAGAGUCUGCUGAGGGUGAAGGUGGUCGGAAGCCGAAGCUGUUGCGAUUGCCGGUCACCCCGACAGCAGACGAGAUUGAGGACACCAUCUAUAGGACCUGGUUGCCGUCUCUGCAGAUUAAGGAUGAGCGCACAGGCUUUGUAUGGGCCAGUGUGGUACCGGCGAAGGGGGUGGACCUCUAUGCCGUCAACUUUGCCAUCCAGAGCGAUCGUGUGGCGGUGAGGGAGACCAAGAGGCAGGUCAGGGCGAUGAAGAGCGCCCUGGAAGAGAAGAUGGGUCUGAAGAUCCAUUCGAGGAGCUACGUGCAGGGGGCCUACGACACCAUGCGUGAAGGCCUACUUCUGGGGGCCCACGGGCGCAAUGGCGAGGCGCUCAUCAUGACCGAAGAGGGCGUGAUCAAGGGCGGAAUCUCCAUGAGCCUUUGCUCAACCAGCGUUCUGCGUUCCACGCUGUGGGACCUUGCCGGGGGCCCCACGAUGAUGGCAUUGCAGCCAUCGCAGCCGGGAGGUUCGGUCAGCCUGCCCGACUUUGGGUCGGCCGGCGCCAGAAAGGCGACCAAUGGAAGAUCCAGCGGAAGGCAGCCCUUCACAGAAAAGAGCCAAGUCCCCCGAAAGAAGAGAGAAGGGGAGGAGCGCAGUCCUCCGCGGGAGCUGAUCCCGCUGCUACAAGCAAGUGUGCGCUGCUCGGGCUGGACAAGACGUCUGUACCUGAGACAGUACAAGAUGAACCAGCUGUACCAGUCGCUGGGAAUGAGCGGCGUUGACGUGGCCGAGAUCUACAACCCGGAGCGGUUCACGUCAAAGGCCAACGCUUUCGGUCUGCAGCCAGGUUUCGCGAUCGACCUGACGCUGCAGAAGGAUGACAAAGGCAACCAUUGGGACCUGUCCUAG